ACGUCCUAUACACAGUUACCCCCCCUCUAAAGAUACAAGCAAGAAAUACAGAGAGAGAGAGAGAGAGAGACCUUCUGCCUCUUCAUCUCCCCCAUCUCCUCCUUCCCUCUCUGAGAAAGAAUAUACAGAGGCUUCCGAAAUCCAUCCGAUAUGGGUAAAGAGAGAUCAGAGAAAGAGAGAGGUGGAGGAGAGCAGAACAAGAGGAAUUUGUUUGUGUCUUCUGUUGUAAUGAACUCAUGUGCCGCCGAGCUUAAACUUCUUUUGACAGCUCUUUUAGUUGUUUGCAGUAUUGCUACUCUUUUCCAGAUUCUCCCUUCACGUUUCACUAUCUCUGCUUCUGAUCUCCGGUUUUGCAUCUCUAGGAUUUCCACCUCCAACACCUCCAUCGCUUCCCUCAAUAGCACCCCAACCAGUACCCCAACCAUGCCUCCAAGCCCAUCUCCGCCCUCCAUUCGAAAAGAUCAAGUGGCUGACAAUGGUGUUAUCAAGCGAGUGUUUAACCCUUAUGGUUCAGCUGCUUAUAAUUUCAUCACCAUGGGUGCUUACAGAGGUGGACCGAACACCUUUGCUAUCAUUGGCCUUGCUUCAAAACCUCUCCAUGUUUACUCAAAACCCACUUACCAAUGUGAGUGGGUCCCCCAAUCCUCCUCUGCAUCUAACUCUACUUUCUCCACUGUUGCUUACAAGAUGCUCCCUGAUUGGGGUUAUGGUCAUGUCUACACUGUUGUUGUAGUGAACUGUACCUUUUCAGAGGCAGUUAACAGUGAAAAUUCAGGUGGGAAGUUGUUCCUGGAAGCCUCAACAUCAGGCGGUGGUGAUAAAGAUUUUAACAUUACUGAUAGAUUUGAGGUUUUAAAUGAAUCUCCAGGAGAUAUAAACACGACCCUUUUUAGUUCAAAGCCUAAAUACGAUUAUUUGUAUUGUGGGUCAUCCUUGUAUGGUGGGCUGAGUCCACAAAGAGUGAGGGAAUGGAUUGCUUAUCAUGUGAGAUUAUUUGGAGAAAGAUCCCAUUUUGUGAUACAUGAUGCUGGUGGGGUUCAUGAGGAGGUUUUGGAAGUCUUGAAGCCAUGGAUGGAAUUGGGUUAUGUUACAUUGCAAGAUAUAAAAGAACAAGAGAGGUUUGAUGGGUAUUACCACAAUCAGUUUAUGGUUGUCAAUGAUUGUUUGCAUAGGUAUAAGUUUAUGACCAAGUGGAUGUUCUUUUUUGAUGUUGAUGAGUAUAUUCAUGUGCCACAAAAGAAUACUAUCAAGUCUGUCUUGGAUUCGCUCUCGGAUUAUACUCAGUUCACUAUUGAGCAAAUGCCUAUGAAUAACAAGCUCUGCCUCUCUGCUGAUUAUGGUAGAUAUUACAGAAAGUGGGGGUUUGAGAAACUUGUGUACAAAGAUGUGAAGAGAGGCAUAAGGAGAGACCGAAAAUACGCAAUCCAACCACGCAAUGUGUUUGCAACCGGGGUGCACAUGUCCCAGAACGUUGCCGGCAAAACAACACACAAAACUGAGGGCAUGAUCAGAUAUUUCCAUUAUCAUGGAACCAUAGCACAGAGGCGUGAGCCGUGCCGGAACUUGCUCAAUGUCACAGAAAUCAACUUUGAAAACAAUCCUUAUGUUCUUGACACAACAAUGCGAGAUCUUGCUUGGUCUGUGAAGAAAUUUGAGAACCAAAUGAUUGGACCCAAGCUAAAAAAUACUCGGCAAUGACUGGAUGAUAGAUUUUCUUUCGAUACUAUGUGGUUGCUUGGUAGCAACUCUUUAUCCUUUCUUUUUAUUAUUGUUUUACUUAAGGCUGGGUAGAUCAGAAAUAUUCAUUGGGGAGGUGCUCUUUUCUGUAUCAUAUUGUUUUCCUUUUCUUUUACGAGUAUAGAUAGAUACAGGUGAUGUAUGAAUGAUAAUAUGGGAGGUGCUCCAUUCUUUAAA